CGGAGAUUUGAGGACGCUCCCUGCAGCCCCGUGGCCCGGAGCCAUGUCGCCCGGCCCCGUGUGAGCCGGGACCCUCGGCGCUAGCAGCCUCGCGGCUGGGCUGGAUGCUCAGGGGCUGAACCCCCCCGGCUUACGGCGCCCUCCAUCCCCGGCUGCGCCCCGCGCCGGGUCCCGGCCAGGACAUGUCGGUCUCCGAGCUCUACACCAAGUACACAAAAGUUUGGAUUCCUGACCCUGAUGAAGUGUGGAGAUCAGGAGAAAUUAUCAAGGAUUACAAAGAAGGGGAUAAAAGCCUACACCUGAAAUUUGAAGAUGACACUAUCUGCGACUAUUCAGUUGAUCUCAAAACCAGCCAACUACCCUUCUUGCGUAAUCCAGAUAUUUUGGUGGGUGAAAAUGACCUGACAGCUCUAAGUUAUCUCCAUGAGCCUGCUGUCCUACAUAAUUUAAAAGUCAGAUUCUUGGAAUCGAAUCACAUCUAUACCUACUGUGGUAUUGUGCUUGUUGCCAUUAACCCAUACGAACAACUGCCAAUCUAUGAACAAGAUGUCAUCUAUGCAUACAGUGGCCAAAACAUGGGGGACAUGGAUCCUCACAUCUUUGCAGUGGCAGAAGAAGCCUACAAGCAAAUGGCUAGGGAUGAGAAGAACCAGUCCAUUAUCGUAAGCGGAGAAUCCGGUGCCGGAAAGACAGUCUCUGCCAAAUAUGCCAUGCGCUUCUUCGCAUCUGUUGGUGGCUCUGCCAGUGAGACCAACAUUGAAGAGAAGGUCCUUGCAUCCAGUCCAAUCAUGGAGGCAAUUGGAAAUGCUAAAACAACCAGGAACGACAAUAGCAGUCGCUUUGGGAAAUACAUUCAGAUUGGCUUUGAUAAAAGAUACCAUAUCAUUGGUGCCAACAUGAGGACGUAUCUGUUGGAAAAAUCAAGAGUUGUGUUCCAGGCAGAUGAUGAACGAAACUAUCAUAUCUUCUAUCAGCUGUGUGCCUCUGCCAGUCUUCCAGAAUUUAAAGACUUAGCACUAACAUGUGCUGAAGACUUUUUCUACACUUCUAUGGGAGGCGACACAACUAUCGAUGGAGUUGAUGAUGCUGAUGAUUUUGACAAAACCAGACAUGCUUUCACCCUGCUUGGAGUGAAAGAGUCCCAUCAGAUGAGCAUUUUUAAGAUAAUAGCUUCCAUCCUGCACCUAGGAAACUUGGAAAUUCAAGCAGAACGAGAUGGAGACUCUUGUAGUAUAUCGAAACAGGAUGAACACCUGAAUAAUUUUUGCAGAUUGCUUGGAGUGGAGCACAGCCAGAUGGAGCACUGGCUGUGCCAUCGGAAGCUUGUCACAACAGCUGAGACGUACAUCAAGCCCAUGUCUGUGCAGCAAGUCGUGAAUGCCAGGAAUGCGCUGGCCAAGCAUAUAUAUGCCCAGCUGUUUAACUGGAUUGUGGAGCAUAUCAACAAAGCCCUGCAUACCACUGUCAAGCAGCACUCAUUCAUUGGAGUUCUGGAUAUCUAUGGGUUUGAAACUUUUGAAGUGAAUAGCUUUGAACAGUUUUGUAUCAACUAUGCCAACGAAAAACUCCAACAGCAGUUCAACUCGCAUGUAUUUAAGCUGGAGCAAGAAGAGUAUAUGAAGGAACAAAUCCCUUGGACUCUUAUAGAUUUUUAUGACAAUCAGCCCUGCAUAGACCUUAUAGAAGCCAAACUUGGUAUCUUGGACCUAUUGGAUGAAGAGUGUAAGGUUCCUAAAGGAACUGACCAGAACUGGGCACAGAAAUUAUAUGACAGACAUUCCAGCAGCCAGCACUUCCAAAAACCUCGAAUGUCCAAUACCUCCUUCAUUGUUGUUCACUUUGCAGAUAAGGUGGAGUAUCAGUCUGAUGGAUUUCUGGAGAAAAAUAGGGACACUGUAUAUGAAGAACAGAUCAACAUACUGAAAGCCAGCAAGUAUCAAAUGGUAGCUGACUUAUUUCAAGAUGAAAAGGAUUCUGUGCCUGCUACUCCUAACAUAAAGGGAGCUGCCCCCAAAAUCAGCGUCCGUUCUGCCAGACCAGCUGUGAAAGCUGCCAACAAAGAGCACAAGAAAACCGUGGGGCACCAGUUCCGAAACUCCUUGCAUUUAUUGAUGGAGACGCUGAAUGCUACCACUCCACACUACGUGCGCUGCAUCAAGCCAAAUGAUGAGAAACUCCCAUUCAAAUUUGAUCCAAAGAGAGCAGUCCAGCAGUUAAGAGCCUGUGGUGUGUUGGAGACCAUCCGUAUCAGUGCAGCUGGCUAUCCAUCCAGGUGGUCCUACCAUGACUUUUUCAAUAGGUAUCGAGUUCUUAUGAAAAAGGGGGAGAUCUCUAAAAAUGACAAGAAGUUGAUCUGUAAAACUCUUCUGGAAAACCUCAUUAAGGAUCCUGACAAGUUCCAGUUUGGACGUACCAAGAUCUUUUUCCGUGCAGGCCAGGUGGCAUAUCUGGAGAAACUGCGGGCAGAUAAAUUCAGAGCUGCUACUAUCAUGAUACAGAAGACAGUGCGGGGCUGGCUGCAGAGGGUGAAGUACAGAAGGAUGAGAAAUGCUGCAAUAACAAUCCAGAGGUAUACACGAGGACACCUGGCUCGCAGAUUGGCAGACCACCUAAGGAAAACAAGAGCUGCCAUCAUUUUCCAGAAACAAUACCGAAUGUUGAGGAUCCUUCAUGCUUUCCAGAAGAUCCGCAACGCCACUAUCACUAUUCAGGCCUUCACUCGGGGCAUGUUUGUCAGGAAAAUUUACCACAAGAUCCUUUUGGAGCACAAAGCUACCAUCAUCCAGAAACAUGCCCGGGCCUGGCUGGCGCGUAAGCAAUUCCUCCGCUUCAAGUGUGCGGCUGUGGUCAUCCAAUGCUACUUCAGGCGCAUGAAGGCCAGGCAAGAGCUGAAGAAACUGAAGAUUGAAGCACGGUCUGCACAGCACUUGAAGAAACUCAAUAUCGGCAUGGAGAACAAGGUGGUUCAGCUUCAGAGGAAGAUAGAUGAUCAGAACAAAGAAUACAAGCACCUGAAUGAGCAGCUCUCGGCACUUACCUCUGCCUAUUCCACUGAUGUGGAAAAGCUGAAGAAGGAGCUGGAGCAAUAUCGGCAGAAUCGGGGGGAUACCAACCAGCUUGUAAACUUGAAAAAAGAGAUUGAGAGCCUCAGGCUGGAGCUCGAGAAAUCCCACAGUGAAAGGAAGAUUAUUGAAGACACCUAUGAUAAGGAGAAAGAUCUACUCCGAAAGCGCGUAUCAGACCUAGAAGAGGAGAAUGCUCUUUUGAAACAGGAAAAAGAGGAGCUUAACAACAGAAUCCUAUGUCAGUCUGAAGAUGAAUUUGCCCAAACCACUGUCAAGGAAAAUCUCCUGACGAAGAAGGAGUUGGAAGAGGAGCGAUCUCGUUAUCAGAACCUUGUAAAGGAGUAUUCAAGGCUGGAGCAGAGAUAUGACAAUUUGAGGGAUGAGAUGACUAUUAUAAAGCAGACCCCAGGACACAGAAGGAACCCAUCUAACCAGAGCAGUCUAGAGUCUGAUUCCAAUUGUCCAUCAGUCUCUACAUCUGAGAUAGGAGACACAGAGGAUGCAAUACAACAAGUGGAGGAUGUUGGUUUGGAUAAAGCAGCCAUGGAUAUGACUCUCUUCCUGAAGCUACAAAAGCGAGUGAGGGAACUUGAACAGGAGAGAAAGAAACUGCAAACCCAGCUGGAGAAAAAGAAAUCCCAGGUAAUUGAAACGAAGAAUGAAAUGGAUUCAGACCGUGAUACAGAUCUAGCCUACAACAGUCUGAAGAGGCAAGAAUUGGAAUCGGAGAACAAGAGACUGAAAAAUGAACUGAAUGAGCUGAGGAAGACUAUUGUAGACCGGGUGACCCAAAACAACUCAUCCAGUGAUAUCCAGGACAGUUAUACCCUCUUAUUAAACCAGCUUAAAUCAGCCAAUGAGGAACUGGAAGUGCGGAAAGAGGAGGUGCUUAUCCUAAGGGCACAGAUUAUAAAGGCAGCCCAGCAAAAAGACACUGGCAAAAAUAUGGACUCAAACAUCAACACGUAUACCAGCUGGCCAAACAGCGACAAGCAUGUCGAUGCAGAGGAUGCAAUUGAGGCCUACCAUGGGGUGUGUCAGACAAAUCGGCUCCUGGAAGCCCAGCUUCAGGAUCAGAGGAGAGAGCACGAAGAGGAGGUGGAAACGCUGAAAACCCAGAUGGAAACCCUGAGAGAAGAGAUGGAGAAACAGCAGCAGGCAUUUUUCCAGACCCUACAGCUACCACCAGAGGCCCAGGUGGAAUUUGGCAUCCAGCAAGAAAUCACACGUCUUACAAAUGAAAAUCUGGAUCUCAAAGAGUUACUAGAAAAACUAGAAAAGAAUGAGAAGAAGCUGAAGAAACAGCUAAAGAUUUACAUGAAGAAGGUCCAGGAUUUUGAAGCGACCCAAGCUACAGCACAGACAGAGAGGAGGCGACAUGAGCUUACCAGGCAGGUCACUGUCCAACGGAAGGAAAAAGAUUUCCAGGGAAUGUUGGAAUAUUACAAGGAAGAUGAGCCACUUCUCAUCCGAAACCUCAUUACAGAUCUCAAACCGCAGACAGUUUCUGCCACAGUUCCAUGUCUUCCUGCUUACAUCCUCUACAUGUGCAUCAGGCAUGCAGAUUACAUCAAUGACGACCAGAAAGUGCACUCCUUACUCACCUCCACCAUAAACGGCAUUAAGAAAGUAUUAAAGAAACACAAUGAUGAUUUUCAGAUGACGUCAUUUUGGUUGGCUAACACCUGUCGCCUCUUACAUUGUCUAAAGCAGUACAGCGGGGAUACGGGUUUUAUGACACAAAAUACCGCUAAGCAGAAUGAGCACUGUCUUAAGAAUUUUGACCUCACGGAGUACCGGCAGGUUUUAAGUGACCUCUCCAUUCAGAUCUAUCAGCAGCUCUUUAAGAUAGCAGAAGGCAUGUUGCAACCAAUGAUAGUGUCUGCAAUGUUGGAAAGUGAAAGCAUCCAGGGUCUGUCAGGCGUGAAGCCAAUGGGCUACAGGAACCGAUCAUCCAGCAUGGUAGAUGGUGACAACUCUUACAGCUUAGACGCAGUCAUUCGCCAACUGAAUACGUUUCACAGCAUCAUGUGUGACCAGGGCUUGGACCCGGAGAUUAUUCAGCAAGUCUUCAAGCAGCUCUUCUACAUGAUCAAUGCAGUAACACUGAACAACCUCCUGCUGAGAAAAGAUGUCUGUUCGUGGAGCACUGGUAUGCAGCUCAGGUAUAACAUAAGCCAGCUGGAGGAAUGGUUGCGUGGGAAGAAUUUGCAACAGAGUGGAGCAGCAGAGACAGUGGAACCCCUGAUCCAGGCAGCACAACUGCUUCAGCUCAAAAAGAAAACUUCAGAAGAUGCUGAGGCUAUCUGUUCCUUAUGUACAUCCCUCUCUACGCAGCAGAUUGUAAAAAUAUUAAAUCUCUAUACUCCUGUUAAUGAGUUUGAAGAACGUGUGACAGUAGCCUUCAUACGAAACAUUCAGGCAAAUUUGCAAGAGCGAAAUGACCCUCCACAGCUGCUGUUAGACUACAAAUAUAUGUUCCCAGUUUUGUUUCCGUUCAGCCCAUCCUCCAUAACCAUGGACUCUAUUCACAUCCCUGCUUCUCUCAACUUGGAAUUUCUCAAUGAAGUCUGAAGAAAAUGUCUUCAAACCGGUCCCCCUUCGCCAGAGAAUUCAAGCAAAAAAAAAAAAAGAAAGAUCUUUUUAAUGUGGACCAAACAAGAUUAUGGAAGAACCAAUACACAGUAAUCAGCUAGUGUUAAACUUUAUACUAUAGUAAGAAACUGAUCUUGUAUGUGAUUUUUUUUUUUGUAACUUGCAGCUCAAAAUAAGAAUUCUUGAAAUACAGAAUUUUUUUACUGCUUGAUUUCAUGUUGAAAUAGCGCAAAGCCCAUAGCAGAGUCUCCAACAGAUAUGAACAGCAAACACUGGGCAAGUGGGAGAUGGUUAAUUUGGUCUUCAUAAGGGGCUAUGAAGAAACUCCAGAUAAAAAUCAAAGUCAAAACACUGUCUUCAGAAAAACGAUGGCAUUGAUAAGGUGGUUUGUACAUAUUAAUGCAUUUCUAUGCCGAGAUACAAUUUCACAUUUGUUCCUGUUGCUAGUCACUGUAUCACAAUAGUCAAUUCAGGAAUGUAAGUUGCAAAAUGUGCAAAUAAGUGUUCAUCACACAGGUUAAGGUGACAGACUGAAAACUAUGCUUGUUUUCACCAAGGUGGAUUUCAUUUGUCAGUAAGUCAGAAUUCCUGAAAGUCACCAUUGCUCUACAGGUUUUUAAUACCUUACAUAAUUAUGGAGGGCAGUAGCUGUUUCCAUGGGCUGAUAUAGCCAGUACCAGAAUCCAUGUAACAAAAUUAUACCUACACCCAUGGACGUCCCUAGGGGGGUUUCGGGCCCGGGACAUAGGCGCCGAGUUUCUAAUCUGUCAAGGGGUGCUCCCUCUGGCUCCGUCCCCACUCCACCCCUUCCCCCAAGGUACCGCCUAUUCCUGCCCCGCCUCUUCCCCGCCCAGUUUCGCUCCUCUCCCCUCCCCCCCAGCACUUCCUGACGCCGUGAAAUAACUGAUCCAUGGUAGGCGCUGAGAAGCAGGGGCAGGUGCUGGAGGGAGGGGGAGGUUCUGGUAGGGGGGCUGCCAGUGGCUGCUGCUCGCCUCAUUACCGCCCCCCCCCACGCCCGCUGCUCUCCUCCUCGCUGUCUGCCCGCGCGCCUGCCUCCUCAUCCCCUUCCUGCCUGCCGCUCACCUCCCCAUUUGCCCUCUGACCCUGCUUGCCCUCCUGCCUCACCUCCCUACCCGCCUCCUCACGAUUUUAUGGAAGCGCGGGGCAGGGGCGGUCGCCCCGAUUAGCCAUACCCAAGGGAUGGCUCUGCCUACACCAUUCUAUAACUUAUGGCAUUUUUCAUAUGUCUGGAUAACACAUGUAAAUCCAGUCUAGUUAAAUGAAGUUCCUGAUCCUGCUCACACUGUGUGAAAUCCUAGCCCUACUUAAGUCAGUGGAAAAACUCCAAUUGACUUAGACAGGGUCAGAAUUUUACCCAUUGAAUUCAAUAGCAAUACUUCUAUUGAUCAGUGGUGCAGCUUCAGGGCCUAAGCUAACAAAAGGAAUACUAGCAAUAAUUUAAUUCACAGUGUUUUAAAGCAAAAGAGAAUGGGUAAGAAAUUGAAUGACUAUGUCCAUGUCUAUACUAGCACUUAUGUCGGCAAAACUUUUGUCGCUGAGGGGUGUGAAAAAAAGACCUCCCUGAGCGACAUAAAUUUUGCCGGCACAAGCACUCGUGUGCACGGCGCUAUGUUGGCAGGAGACGCUCUCCCGCUGACAUAGCUACCGCCGCUCACUGAGCUGGUUUUAUUAUAUUGACAGGAGAACUCUCUCCUGUUGUCAUAACACAGCUAAAUAAGUGCUCUUACAGCGGCAUAGCUGUAUUGAUACAGCUGUGCCGCUGUAAGCUUGUAAGUGUAGACAUGGCCCUACUCAAAAAUCCUACAACUAGUAUUUUGAUAACCCAAAGCACUUUGUAACAGAACCCAGAUGUCAACAAUAAUCUUAAAUUCCGAUCAGAAUAAUGAAUUAAAACC